CUGCUGCUUAAGUUGGAACAGAGCGAAUAUUACAUUUUUGACUCCAACAAAUCCGUUGAAAUAUGUCUGAAAGUAGAAAAUGGUGGAAAUGAGGAUUGCCAGGCAGAUGCUGAUUUCUAUUACCGUGUUCACACAUACGGUGGAAAUGCAACUCAUACUGAGGACUAUGCGCCACUUGGUGAACCUCACAACCGCCAGGGUGGGCUGAUGAAAUUUGAUAAAUGUGGAAAUAAGAGCUGCUUCUACAUCAACAUUACUGACGAUUCCACCACUGUCGAACAAGUAGAGUACUUUAAUUUCAGCCUGACCAUCGAGAAUGAUGGGAACAAAUAUGCGGAACAGCUGAAUGAAACUGGAGCUGUCUUUCUCCUACCAAAACCGAAUGUGAGUCUUAUGAUGGACACAAUCAUUGGCACUGAA